GGACUGAGUGAAUAUAAGAGAAACUUCAAAUGGAAAACCCCGGAGUUCUGUAGCCCAUCCCAACAGGAGAAAUCCUUGUGGGCAGGACUUCGGUCGGAUCAGUUUGGAAUCACAAGAGAACCAAACUUCAUUUCCAAGAGAAGGGUACCUUACCGUAAUCCACAGAUUUCAAAGUCCUUUGAAUGGACAGGAGAUUGUGAUUUGAACGACCCACUUGAAACUGAAGCUCUUAGGACUGCGGAGCUGCACACAGACCACAACAACAAUGAUAUGAAUCAGGACAAAAUUGAAACACCGGAGGGACCCAGACUCCCCCCAAAAGUUCAGUCACAUUUGGUAGAUUCUAGAAGUGAAACAGCUCUUGCCCUUGCAGAAAACAACCUGAAGAAAUCAUCCUCUGCAGCUCUGCCAAAUCAAAAUGGAGCAUUUGCAUCUCCAAAAAAGGAACAUGAAAAAAUGGGUAAUGGGCUUCACAGAGUCCUUCAGAGGAAGGCAGGCAUGAAUAUUUCACAUUUAAAUACUUUCCCCAGAAAUUCUGAAUAUCAAAGCCAAUUUGUCUGGAAGAGUCCUCAUGAAAAGUCACCAAUACUUGCAGCUGAGCAGGUUAUUUGCAACACAAGUAAAUCCAUACCUCCGUUUAAAUCUCCUGCAAUUACUUCUGAAACUGCAAAUGAGACAAAUUUCAACGGGUCUCCUCCUGUUAAGGGUCCACAAGAGAGAGGUGGUUCAGAAGAGAAAGAAUUUCUGAGUAAGAGGGAAGAACCGUUUCAAAAGCCAGCAGAAGAUGCAGCAAAACAAGGGAAAUCAGAACAGAAACAUCCUAAACAAAAAAAUAAGCAACAUAUCAGUCCAAAGCCCCUCUCUUUACCUACAAGUCGUGGGAAGGUGAACACUGAAUAUAGGUCAAAAUUUUUGUCUCCAGCCCAGUAUUUCUACAAAGAUGGAGCUUGGUCUCGUAUUAGGAGUAAAGUUCCCAACCAGGCAUCUCAAAACACCCUAAAUUCCAUGUGGUAUAUGGAGGUGAGAGAACUUCGAGAAAGAGCAAAGGCUUACAGGCAACGAGUAGAGGGAACACACUUCUCCCGAUACCAUCUCAAUCAGAUCCUGUCUGACAAUAACAGUCUUUGGGACGUGUCCUCAAAUUCCAGUUCAGAAGAAGGCAUCAGCAACAACAUCAGAGCGCUAGAUCUUGCUGGAGUUUCUGAAAAAGAGACUGCACCAAGCCCCAAAAUGUUGCAGCAGCCUGACUCCAGAGGACAGCCACACCAGGACAGCAUCGAGAAGAAAGACAUGUCAGAUGCUUUAACUGUUCCAGUCAAAAGACGUUUAGUUUGGGGUGAACAAGAAGGUACUGAAGAAAGGGAGAAUCGGCAGUCAACAGAAGGCGAAGAAAAAAAAGAUGAACAGGCUGCAGUCGUGGCUCAGCAGUUACAAGAAAACAAUAAAGAUGCCAAUGAAGUUAAGAAAAUUGAAGGUGACAAUGCCUUAGUAUUAAAUUCUUCUGCAGCUGUGUCAGAUUCUUCUUCUGUAUCCUCAAGGACAGGUGGCAGGCUUCCUACUCCAAAGCUGAGAGCGCUUGGUGGAGCUCAGAGGACUCAUCAUGAUCUCACUACCCCAACUGUUGGAGGUGCGGUUCUAGUGUCUCCUACUAAAUUCAAGUCUUCAUCUUCACAGCAGAGAACACGAGGUUUAGGAACAGACUCUUAUUCAGCUAAGCAAGGUGCAAGAGGAGCUUCAAAAAGAAGGUCCUUCCAGCCUGAUGUGGAAGUGGAAGCUGUUUCACUCCUUACCUCUCCACCUGCUGGGCUGGGAACUUUGGAUCCUCUGCCACUUAGGCAGGAUCAGUGGCCUCCUAACAGUGUUUCUCAUGAGGAAGUUCCUCUUGCUUCAGCCCAUCAAGAGCGUUCCUCUACACCUCCUCUGCUGAAGUCAGCCAAAAACCGCUCUAUGCCUUGCUGGAGUCCCUCUCGUCGUAUUCAAGGGACUCUCAAGGAUCCAGAAUUCCAGCAUAAUGGGAAUGUUGGCAAUCCAAAAACGAGAUCUUUCCAGUUACCUCUUCAGGAAAGAAACUAUAAUGUUGAAGAUGACAGGUUGUCUCAGAUUUCUGCUCGCUCUGCAGCAUCCAGCUCGCUUGCAUCUGAGAUACUGGAACGAGCUCAGAAGAGGAAGGAUUUCUGGGGCAAGACAUGA